AUGGCACCGCGUACUCGAGCUCGGGGAGCCCCAACCAGAGUCCAGACUAGAGCCCAGGCUCAAGCUCAGGCAAAGGCGAAGUCCUCACAGGAGGUAGAGGCGACUGUUCAAGAGUCAACUCCUCAAUGUCAGAGCGCUAAGCACAAAGGAAAGCGCGCGGCAAGACAUGUUGAUGUUGAAGACGUUUCCGAGUCUGAAAUGUCCUUGGACUCCAAAGAAGAAGAGAUCCAAGACAGUCAAGAAGAGCCUGAUUACGCCGAUGACGAUGAGGAGGGCCUCGAUUACGAGAUGUCACUCGAUGAGGUCGAGCACAGUCAGCCUUUGGAUGACGACGAGGAUAUCGAACUCGAACAGGACAGCGACGUGCCAGACGAGCCUGUGACUGAACCCAAGAUCCCCGAGAUCGAGCGUGUCGAGUUCAUGUCCAACAAGAAGCUGUGGAAAGCCGGCCUCGACGCGACCCUUCCUCCAAUCGACAAUCUGGAGGAGAUCUUCGACGACAUCACUCGACGGGCCAUGGCGAAUAACUUCCAGGCGUUCCUCGACCACCUCGCCUCGCGAAAGCUGCGUGUGGUCACGAUGUGCUCGGGGACUGAGAGUCCUCUGCUUGCAAUGGAAAUGGUCGGCAAGAGUUUGAAAAAACUCUUCGGUCACAUCUUCGAAUUCGACCACCUGUUCAGCUCGGAAAUUGACCCGUUUAAACAAGCAUAUAUCGAGCGCAAUUUCCAGCCUCCGGUCCUCUUCAGAGAUGUUAAGCAGUUGACUCAGCCAACAGCUACAACGGCAUAUGGAGCAGAAUGCGAAGUCCCCCAAGACCCCGACAUCCUCAUCGCAGGAUUCUCCUGCGUCGAUUUCUCAGUCCUCAACAACAAACAGAAAAGUCUUGACGACGCAGGAGAAUCCGGUCAGACCUUCUUCGCGAUCAUUGGCUAUGCUAAACUUCACCGACCGCCGCUUGUCGUCCUCGAAAACGUCAAGAACGCACCCUGGGCGCAGAUCGCCGACCAGUGGCGCGACAUCGGCUACCUCGCCGAGUACAAGAUUGUCGACACGAAACAUUUCUACCUGCCCCAGACCCGGGAGCGGGGCUAUAUGGUCUGUAUAGAUCAGUCUCGUGUCGGUAAUGACGAAGGUCUCCUCAGGAAGUGGUCGGACACGUUUGAAAAAUUCAAACGCCAGGCGAGCUCGCCGUUCACGAGCUUCACACUCCAAGAGGACGAUUUGCGCCUGAAAAAAUCCCAAACCUCUGUCUUCAACCGCCAGGCGAACGCAACCAGGGCAGCGGUCGACUGGUUGAGAUACAAAAUUCGGCACCAGGACUAUCGACGUGAGAAGGGGCUCGGCCAUAAGCGGCCCCUAACCAACUACCAAGACGGUGGAACUUGUCGCCCGCCGAGUUGGACGGAUAGACACUGGUUUUCGAUGCAGGUUGAACGGGUUUGGGACACAAUUGAUAUGAACUUCUUGCGGACGCUGCGCUCGUCCGGGUUCGAUAUCAAUUAUAAACUCCGCAUUAUCGACCUGUCUCAGGGCAUUGAUCGCGAGAUUGACGGUAGGCCGUGGGGUGUUGCGGGCUGCAUCACUCCCUGUGGAAUGCAGUAUGUCACAACGCGAGGUGGAAUGCUCACUGGACUUGAGUCGCUGGCUCUCCAGGGUUUGCCGUUGGAUCGUCUGACGUUGACCCGCGAGUCUUCGAGAGAGUUGCAAGACCUCGCUGGCAAUGCCAUGAGUUCCACCGUCGUCGGGUCAGCCAUUCUGGCGGCCCUUAUUGUCGGUUACGGCGCGCUGAACACCGAGUCGAGGCCAUCACAUGUGACUAAAGAGGACGGUGACAAAAACUCCCAAGCUUUGGAGCCCAGCGGAGAAUAUCAGAUGGUUGCCAGAUCCUUAACGGCAUCGGUCGACUCCAGCGAUCGGCUUGCUAGUAUCAUUCUGGCAGCUGCGCAUUUGGCUUCGAGACUCUGUGCCUGCGAAGAGCAGAACUUCGUCAAGCGCCAACGGAUCUUCCAAUGUCUCCUCUGCGGCCACACAGCCUGUGGCGAGUGUCGCGGCAAUCCGGCCCAUCAGUACCUCGCGAUCGAUCACGAUAGGUUGCAGAAGCGCCGUCAUCCCUUCAGAUUCACUGACAUGCUGAAGUGGCUUCUUCCAGUGCGUGUGAGGAUGGCCGGGACACCGACACAGGUGUACCACGUUAUGCAGUUGAACGACGGACAGCCUCGUGGCGAUGUCUGGACCAAAUUCAUGGAGGGAAUCGGUCUUGCCUAUGGUGACGAGUUGCGAUUUUCCACACUCAAAAGAGCUGAGGAUUGGACUGCCAUAUACAACGGCCGCCACUCGAUGCUUCACUUGGUUAUCGGAAGACAGGGAAUACAAUGGUUCCUCUAUGCUAGGCCGCCGCGUUCUGAUCCUUCCGUGAGCAUCAGAAGAGAAAUCUUCCUCCGGCCUAUCGCUCGAAUGAAGGUUGCCCAUGGUGCUUCUUCUCUUCUGGAAGGCGUGUGGGAAGUCUGUGCACCACUAUCCACCAAGUUGACGUUAUACAUCUCUGGCACCGGAGAUCGGAUACCCUCACACGAGGCCCGCUGCGGUCUUCAGGGAGCAGAAUUUGAGAACAGAAAAGUGUGGAGCAAGAUAUCUGUCAACGCUUCAGAUGAGGCAGUGAAAGACCUCGACAUGGACAUCCGCGGAGUCUAUGAUUACCUGCCGAACUGUGGAACGGCGAAUGAGUCGCUUCAUAGAAGGCCUGCUCGACCCGGAUUGCCGGCUCUUUAUUUCUUCUUGGAUCCCCGUAAAUUGGGACCGCCAGAAUUGGACUGCUUUGUCUUUUCGACGAACCAUCACCGUCUAACGGGUGAUAUUUCGAGGCAGAUUGUCCUCGAAUUAGACCACAACUGGAGGCAGUUUAAGCAGCGUUCAAAGGAAACACCAGUGACGGGGUUCUAUCGCAAAUGGGUUGCGUGCCCGGAUAUUUCGCUCCAGGAUUUGCAUCCCAUUGAACCGGUAGUCAGUCGCAUACUUCUUCCGACAACCACAGUUGACGUUGACAAUGCAAAAUGUCACGAGUCAAAUAUCCCUCUGCUAGCGAUCUCCGCUGGUGUCGAUUCUGCGAAGGCUGAUUUAUCUUGGGAACACGGCCCUUGGAAGCCUUUGGAUAUGAACGCCGAAAACGUACUCCAUCGCUACUCUUGGCUUUGGCAGAAGUUCACGAACAUGUCUAUCUUUGAAGGUUGGAGAAGCAUCCUCAAUGCCGAAUACGUCCUUUGUGACACGUGCGCCCCUGCGAAGCCGAAGAUGAUUUGGAAGUAUAUUGGAGACCCAGGAAAGGAUCGCCUCGCACCCUGCGAGGAUCCCGUUGAUGCAGCUAGGUACGAACGCCAAUUCAAGGCAAGACCGUCCCCAUUUUUGGCUUUCACUAGGAUCGACGAGCGAGGUAUUGGGCACUUGUGUUUAACUCUGAACCUCAAGACCUUGUUUCACCGCGCUUCUGCAAAGUUGGCGGGGAGACUUCAGGAAAAUUCCGAGGUCCAAUUUUUCUGGAGGAUGAAAGCGAAGGAGAUGGACCUCAGGGGCUCUAAUUUUGGAACUUUGCGGCUCACGAAUAAUGUUGACGAUCCAGAAAGUGACCAACCGCCCAAUUUCCGUCGUCGUAAAUUGAGACCAGAGCAAUUACGCUCACUACAUUGGAUUCGAGCAUGUGAGUCAGAUGACGCCCCUCCGUUCCGAGAAGAAGAAGUGGAGGAAGCUGUCUUGGGCCCUCUGGAGUGGCGAGUCGAAGCCAAAGUGAUGGUGAAGCGAGUUGUCCGAGGCGGCGUGUUGGCGGACGUGGUUGGGUUUGGCAAGACUGCAUUGGUUUUGGGAACAAUUGAUGCGCAGCAUGAAAAAGAUCUCCAGGAAGCCGAACAGCCCUGCGCUGGUGCGAUUCCGAUCAAGGCCACAUUGAUCGUAGUUCCUGAUAUUCUGUUCGAUCAAUGGCAGUCUGAAAUCAAGAAGUUUUUGGGAAAUACAUACAAAGUCAUGGUCAUUUCCACUACGAGAUGGCUGUUUUCGAAGACAAUCGAGGCCUUCCAAAAGGCUGAUAUCAUUAUCGCGUCCUGGUCGGUCUUUACCGGGGCAGGGUAUUAUAACCGGCUCGAGCAGAUUUCUGGUGGACCGUCUGUACCGGGUUACAAGCAUGGGAGAAUUUUCGAAGACUGGUUCCACGAAACGGUCCACUCGAUAGAGUCUCACGUCGACGUUUUACGUGACCAAGGCCCCGAGAGAUUCCUGGAAGAAAUCGAGCGCAAACGGACUACCACUCGGAGUACUAAUACCUAUAACCGCUACCUGCCAUCACGAAGGAUAAAGGGUCAGAAACUAGCCGAUAAAACUGCUGGUCAAGAGUCGAGCACAAGCGACAACGACGGUGAUCAGACAGGAAGAGAAGACAGAACAGCGAACGAGACCGCUGAGCUUGAACAAAGGGCCCCAGGGGGUAAAAGAAGUCGUGCAGUGAAAGCCACAAAGACCAAGAAAGCGAAAGCCGGUAAAAAGACAGGCACGAAAAAGCGCAAGAGAGCAGAUACCAACACGGCAUCCAUUGAAGGCAACGAGUCGAAUGAAGAGCUGAAAAGUUGGAAUGACAGACGGGACUUCGGCAUCCCAGAGUCUGAGAAUACCGAAAUGGGCGAUAUGAAGGGCACUAUCUUCCACAUGUUCCGGUUCCAGCGGGUGAUAAUCGACGAAUUCACAUAUCUAGAAACCGAUAAACAUGCCUUGUUGUCAACCAUAAAGGCGCGGUCGAGGUGGCUCCUUUCAGGGACGCCGCCCAUCAACGGCUUCUCUGAAGUUAAUAUGUUCGCUCGCUUGAUCGACGUCUAUCUGGGAACAGAUGAUGACGCCCAAAAUUUAAGCAAGCAACGUUCUGACGCCGAGGUCUUUCAAUCGUAUCGAAAACUGCAGAGUACCGACUGGCAUGUGAGACGUCAUGGGCUGGCGCAAGCCUUCUUGGACAGGUUUAUGCGUCAGAAUAUGCCCGAAAUCCCGGCGAUACCAUUCACAGUGCAUUACCACGCAGUAAACUUGUCGGCGGUCGAAAUAGCUCUCUAUCACGAGCUGAAGUUGUACUUCGAGUCCUGUAAUGCGAGGGUUCGGCCUAGCAAACACGCACGCGGCGGCAAUGACCAGUCUUGGAGGAUCAAUGAGGUCUUCGAUUCUAGUCAGACUUUCGAGGAAGCGCUGAUCAAGCGUUGUUCCCUGUACAACGCUCUUCCGAGUUGGCACACUUCAGAACCUCUAGACACGCUGGUCAAGGUCAUCCAGCGCCGCAGACGGGACAUCAUAGCUCUUCGGGCUACCGUAGAAAAAGACCUAAAAAUGGCGGUAUGGCUGUUUGUUCAGCUUGGACGAUGCGACCAGCACUUUGCCAAGCUUGAGCAGAGCGUCAAGUCACACGAUUUCGGCGACGCAGAAGUCACUAAAAAAGCUUCACAACUAAUCCAGGACGCCCUGCAAGCGUAUCGAGAGAAUGACUGGACUGAGUUCUGGACUAAAGGAAAACCUGAGCGGUCCAGCAAGAAGAAGCCAGCAAAGAAGCAGCAGCAAGAGUCCGAUGAGGAUGAUGAAAGUGACGAAGAAGAACCAAAGCCUCCAAGAAAGAAAACGAAGUUGUCGAAUGACCCUGGUGAGGGAACGAAGAAAACCGGACUCCCACAGUUUCCUGAAGAGAAAGAACGUGGAAAGCUCCUGCGUGAAACUGCAACGACGCUAAGGACCAACAUCGCCGAAUGGGUGAAUCAAGCACGAGCCCUGAGGUUCAUGGAAACAGUGUACCGGUUCCAGGUAGGAGUUAAUGUCCCAGCCUGCAGCCGGUGCGAUCGAGAGCACGGGGUCUCUGGGAUUCACAACGUCCUGGGAAAAUGCGGGCAUGUUGUCUGCAAUCAGUGCGUCGAGGCAGUGGUGAAAAGUGAAGAGUGUCCUGUAAAGCAUUGCAGAGGCGCGGUGAGUCCGUCAUAUAUCAUCAAUGGAAGAUACUUUGGGCGGCACAAAGACCAGACUCCGGCGUCAAGGUACGGUGGAACCAAGAUGAAAGAGCUGGUCAAUUUGUUGCAGGACACGAGUCGGAUUCCGCGCGAGGAUCGAGUCAUCCUCUUUGUUCAGUACGAGGAAUUUAUGACAACGGCGCAGGCAGCCCUUAAGGCGAACCAGAUUCCCUACGUGGCGAUAGGAGCAAGUGAGAAGAAUGUUCGAAGCAAGAUCAAGGAAUUCACCACUGAAGGCAAUUCGAAAGCGGAAGACGCGAAAGUGCUCAUUCUGAUGCUAGGGAGCGAGAACGCAGCUGGGAUCAAUCUGCAAAUGGCAAAUCAUGUCAUUUUCCUGGCCGAGAUGUGCGCAGCAACAGCCUACGAUCACGAGUCCUCCAUGACGCAGGCAAUCGGCCGCGCCCUCCGGUACGGACAACGCAAGCAUGUGCACGUCUGGCAUAUCCUUGCUCUAAACACCAUCGACAUUGCUAUGCUCCAGAGCCGAACCGGUCUGAUUUUGGUCCGUCGUCCCAAUGGUGAUUUUACCCUUCUUCGUCGGGACCAGAUUCAGCGGGGCGACCUGUUCGGAUGGGAUCUGCCGGCUCUGACGAAGAGCAAUCAAAGCUUCCUGCGGUAG